AGCCCGUGGUUCCUUUGCGCUUUUUGGCCAUUUCGGCCCAAUUCUCGACGGCUUCCCUUCUUAGUUCUUCCCCUUCAUCCGAAACCCUCGCACUCUAGCGGCCCGCACAAAGCCGCCGGAGCGCCGCGCCACCAUGUACCGGCUUUUCCGCCGCAGCUUCUCCAUGGCUGCCGAGGGUUCCGCCGCCGCCGCCUCUUCCUCUCCACCCCCCUCCACCUCCAUGUCCUCGACCCCGCGGCAACAUCUGCCGGACGAGCUGUACCGCCGCAUCAUGAAUGUCGGGCGCCCAAGCAUCCCGUUAUCCCCCGUCCUGGAGCAAUGGAAUCAAGAAGGCCAUACCGCCAAGAAGUUCGUCAUCCAGGCCAUCGUCAAGAAGCUCGUCGGCCUCCGCCGCUUCGCCCACGCACUCGAGCUGUCGUUCUGGAUGACCGACCGCAGGCACCUCCACCUUUCGGUCGGUGACGUCGCGUACCGGCUGGACCUAAUCAGCAAGGUGCACGGCCUUGAGAAAGCCGUCGAGUACUUCGGCAUGGUACCGAAGCAGCUGAGGAAGCCGCAGUGCUACGGCUCCCUCCUGAAAUGCUAUGUGGAGGCGAAGGCCGUCGACAAGGCUGAGGAGCACUUCGCGAAGAUGCAGGAGAUGGGGAUGACGAGUUCUUACGCAUACACUUGGAUGAUGAAGCUUUACCUACAGACUGGGCAGCUUGAAAGAGUGCACGCCAUGUUCCAGGACAUGGAAGAGAAAGGUGUGAAGCCUGAUACUUUCAGUGUGGAGGCUAUGUUAGCUGCGUACAUUGCUGCUGAAGAUGUCCAGGGGGUUGGUAAGGUGCUCGACAAGGCCAAUCCACACGAGAAGCUUGUGACUUGGCAUGGGCAUGCUUCGGCAGCGAGCUUGUUCAUGAAAUCUGGGAUGCAGGUGGGGGCUGUCAUGGCUCUCGUGGAAGCCGAGAGGCGGAUAUCUCCAAAGAGCAGUAGAAUCGCAUACGCUUUCUUACUCAAGACAUAUACUGAACUGGGGAUGCAUGCUGAGGCCGGACGCAUUUGGAGUGUCUACAAAUCCAAAGUGCCGCCGUGCAACACGAUGUACAUGUCGAGGCUAAGCGCGUUACUCAGGACGAACGACAUUGAUGGGGCGGAAGCGACACUGAAAGAGUGGGAAACGGUGCCUCUUCGCUAUCAUGAUUUCAGAUUAAUCAACGUAAUGGUCGAUGCCUACUGCAGAGAAGGUCUCGUGGAGAAGGCAGUAGCUCUCGUGGAUGGCGCCAUCAAGAAAGGGAGGACACCUUACGCUAAUACCUGGUAUAAGUUGGCUGGUGGGUUUUUCAAAACUGGUCAGGUACCAGAAGCAGUGGACAUGACAAGGAAGGCUCUUGAUUCCGCGACUCCUCCAUGGAGACCUGACCUCGCGAAUGUGCUGAUGAGCCUGAACCACUUUGUGGACCAGAAGGAUGUAGGAGCAGCUGAGGAGAUGGUGAGUACGCUACAGAAGCUGGUUCCUUUGACUAGGGAUGUUUACCAUUGCUUGCUGAAGACCUAUGUCCGUGCGGGAAAGCCGCCGUCCGAUCUGCUGGAGCGUAUGAAGGAAGACGGCCUUGAGGCUGAUGAGGAAACAGAGAGAAUCCUCGCGGGAGAAUGCGAGCGAGUAGACAUGCACCCGUUGUCAAUCACUAACCAUCUGAUUGGUUAGUCGCACCGUCUCAUCCUGUAUCAGUGCAUGCAUUGAUUUUAUUUAAGUCUUUGUUUGGUUGCCUGUAUACUUAAAGCGUGAGCUGCAUGAGUGGAUGCAAACUAAUUUAUUUUGAGACCGUUUGACUGCAUCUGCUCAUACGUCAAAAUCUUCGGUUUCUAGCCGGCCUGGAUGGCACGAGCCUGGUUUGUGAGGCCCAGGCAACCAAACAGGCAGUAAGUAAUCACUUUUCUCUGUUCA